GAAGAGAACGGCGAAUUCAGCAGCUUCUCUUCGGUUCUGAAGGAGCCCGCGCCCAUUGAUUUGCAGGCUGCCUUGUGCAAAGGUUGGGCACGUCCGGAAGAGGAGGGCUUCGUUAACCAUGUGAUCAGCCAAGAGUCAGCACCUCUUCGAACACUGUAUGCGCAGGUUCAGCUGUCUGAUGUCCCAUCUUGCAACCCGCUUCAUGGACUCCCGGACAGCAUCCAUGGCCGCCACCUAGUCGCUGUGCUGCAGGCUCUUCGGCUUAUGCUUCGAGAGGUGCGUGCUAGAAAGGCUGAGCUGGAUCGAGGCACAGUCUGGAACCCAAGGGAGGGACUGAAGCCAUUGCCUGGCUCGUUCAUCGAGCAAAUGAGGGCAGAGGCUGCCUCUCUGCACGAUGUGCAGGAGGAGAAGGAUGCUUGGUGGGAUAGCCAGCCAGACUAUGCACCAUCGGAUGCCUCAAUGCGUUCAGCUAUUCUCAUGAGUGCCGAUGUCGAUAUGAUUGGAUUCAUGUGUCUUGCUUGGAAUGUUUCGACCCUCUGUGUAUCAGCAAAAAUUUUUUCCAGAAGCGGAUGUGAUGCGACCAUUCUCCUUCACCACCGAACCAUAAUACCUAGACCCAGAGCUAUGAAGGAUUUUGAGCUUUGCAAGGUGGUGGGCUUGCCAAGCAAGCUUGGAUGUCCCUGA